UGCUAAUGAAAAAAGCUGUAGCAUAUCAAGUAAAUCAUUUUAGUGCUUCUACCGCAGAAUUCGUCUAGUUUUAGGUUUUAAAGUUCCUUACUGCAUUGUUAUCGCUUAAUUACACGGGGAUUCCCCAGAUUGCGUGGCAAAAUUUCAUAACUGGGUUCGGCGUUUCAUAUGACCCUUUGUUUUGAGACGGUCUAGAUUACCUUCUGGAAGAUUCGGUUGAAUCUCCUAACACAGCUUUGAGGGAAAGCGAUUCUCCCGCAGAUUCGACUCUUUAUGGCCUCUGAUCUAUCCAGUUUUGUGGAUGUUAGUGCAGAAGACAUCCCAAAGAGCAUCUUAGUUUCAGGCAUUACUCCAGGAACCGAACGCGAAGCUAUUGUUUUUCACUUUCAGCAGCAUAAACAUGGCGGCGGCGACGUAUCAUCUGUGAAAUUCUCUCAAAAUGGAGACAAAGCAGUGAUUACAUUUGAAGAGAAAGAGACUGUAGAGAAAGUUUUGAAAGGAGAACAUAGGAUUGAAGGGGUGCUGUUUAAAGUUGAUCGGCUUUCAGAGAAAAGAAGACCAACAUCCAACGAGAUAUUUACUUACGUGACGGCAACGUUGGAUCCCGUUGAGUUGGGUAUUUCACCUCAGGAAGCCAAGCAGAUUUUGGAAAACGUCAAAGAGGACAUCGAUGUAUCUAUCCAGUGCGAUGAAAAAUUGUUUGUUUUGACUGGAAAGCUGAAAGAAAUCAAUGAAUGCCACUUUCUUGUGAUGAGGUAUCUAAGCGAAGGUCAGCCAGUCGAUGCGCAACUGAACAACCUUUCUUUGGCGAGCAAAGGCGCAGAAGUCGAGAAUGGGGGAGCAGGAAAGGCGCCAACAACGUCUGGAAGAUCUGACGUUAUCGUAGCUACGAGAGUCGAUGAAAGUCCCGGAGCGAAGGUCAUCCCUGUCAAUGAAGUCAACGGCGCCGACCAGGAAGGACGUGUUCAUCCCACAGUAGAGGCACGAUGGUUUCGAGUAGAUCCACAUGCCUCCCGUUUUAUGGAGAAGUUUUUUAAAAAGCAGUUAGAUGAAAUCAAUGCAAAAUUUAUUGUGGAAAUUACCGCUUCGGAUGACGGUACUCGAGUUAUACUUCAGGCUAAACAGAACUGUGAUCCUGCAAAAUACAACACUGCUUGCAGUGAACUUUCAGAACUUAUUAAAACUGUCACCCAGGGUAUGGUUAUCAAUGAACUGGACUUAAAAGGUGCAGACGAGGAUUCAGCUAAAGUUUUAAUGGAUUACAUUGGAACUAUGUACCCAGUGAUCAUUGACCGGCCCCAAGAACACGGUCCGUUUUUUGUGUAUGGUGAUGCUGUAUCUGUAAGAGAAGCCAGGCGAACUGUGGAAGGAGGAAUGAGUCAACAGGAAAGUUAUGAUACUGGCCUUGGUACUCAUGAAAUGGCAAUGGCAGCACCAGAAAUGAUUUCUUUUGAAACCUCUAGUUAUCGAUCAGAAAAUGGUGUGUGUAUUUCCCUUCGUUAUGGAGACAUCACUGCCGAAGAGGUUGAUGCAAUCGUGAAUCCUGCGAACGAAUUUUUGUCCCACUUAGCUGGCCUUGCAAAGCUGAUCGUCCAAAGAGGUGGGCUUAAAAUUGAAAGGGAAUCUGACACGUUGAUGCGAAAACGCGGCUAUCAAGCGCUUCACAUUGGAGACGCUGUACCUACAGUCGCUGGAAAUCUUCCCUGUAAGUUUGUCAUUCAUGCCGUUGGUCCCGAGUGGGUUAAACACUCACAUACAGAAAAUAUGAAACUUCUAAAGAAAGCGUGCCUCCAGAGUCUUAAAGUGGCUUCUAAACUCGGUUUAUCAUCCAUUGCCAUACCAGCAAUUAGUUCCGGUAUCUUUGGUGCCCCUAUUGAUGUGUGUGCCUUUGCCAUGUUAAACGCAGUGGAGGAGUAUCUCAGGAUGCCGACGGUAACAAAGAAAGAAGAUGCAAGGAAAAAAGGGUCAAAACAAAGUAACCAGAAACACAUACAAACAGAUAAAAAGGAAAUAUCGACGAAGCCGCCGAAAGACACGCCAAGCGAAAUUACCGAUGAAGAAAAGGAGAGAGAAACCCCAAAAGCCGUUCUAAACGAUAUUCGUUUUGUCCUCAUUGACGCCGACUCAAUGGAUGUCUUCGAGAAACAGUUCAUCGAAAGAUUCGGUGAUGUUAUUACUGAUGACUUUGGUGAUGUCGAUGACGAACAUGAUGAUGAGGAAGUUUAGCGCGAGAAAAUCGCAAUUCCAAUCUUAAAUUAGACUUGAACUCGUAAUGGGAACUGUCACUGGGGAAACAUUACUUCAGCUAACGUUCUUGAUGACCAUUUUUCCUUCCUUGCUAUGUGACAUGACUGGAAAUCAUGAUAUCGCCGGAAACACUUUAUUAUCCUCAUCAAAAAGUGGCUAGUGCCUAGUUUAGAUAGUGUAAUCCUAAGGAACAGUCGUCCAUUCUAUCACUGACAUGGGCCAUUUGAAAGGUCAUGGGAUAAUGGUAAUUUUUGUGACUUUAUUUGUCAUUGGAUGCCCCAUUGAUUGGUGAUCGCCAAACAUGUUCCCUUUUCUAAGCUUGCAACUGGUUGUAUCUACUUUGUUCAAG